AUGAAGUUCUUCGCAAUCGCCAGCGCCAUUGCCUCCAUGGCCGUCAUGAUCCCCGCCAUCACAGCCAUUCCUCAACCCACCACAACCGAGGUAGCCCACAUAUCCCUCAACCAAACUCUCGAGACGAACAACGCGCUCGAACUCGGCGCCCGGGCCGCCUGCGACGGCAACACCGACCCCAACCAGAUAUACUGCGACACCGUCAACAACCGCGCGAGCCCCGGCGCGUGCGACAAGAUCAUCAACAAGCUCUCCAACCUCACCCCGGACACCAAGUACACCAAAGCGGAGUGCGACUGGGACCAGUACGGCAAUCGCUGUUGUAUCUCGUGGAACACGGGCGCGACGCAGGGCGCGGGGAUCCGCGGGGCGGAGCUUGCGCGGGCGGCGAUGAGGAUUAGGGAUAAGUGCGGUGCGGGGGGUGUGCCGAUUUCGGGUGCGCAUCGCAGUUUAAAUGUCCAGGGUAUAUUCGAUAUUCGAAGCGACGGGCGCUAG